AAAAUGUUAAAUCUUGUCUGGCAUUACCCAUCAUUUCACAUGGCAGAGUUACUGGUGAACCUAAAGCAGUAUUUCAGCAUGGUGAUCUAUUGGAAGUUCAUUGUGAGAUCUCAUUUGCACUAUAUGGAUCAAAAAUCAUAGAGUGUGUGGAUGGUGAAUGGGCACCCUUACCCUCAUGCAUAGAGGAAGUAAGAACUUGUGGACCACCUCCAACAAUUAAAAAUGGAUUUUUUAUGAAUGCUGAGUCAUCCAUAUACAGGCAUGGUGACACCAUGGAAUACAGAUGCCAACAACAAUCUAUCAUUAUUGGGACCAACCCAGCCAAGUGUCUUCAUGGGCAGUGGGAAAUACCAUCAUGUGUUGGUAAGCUAGAGGCUGAACCUUCAGAAAUGAAUUUUAGGCCUGUCUUGGAAUAUAUCAGUAUUUAUUAUUGACAUGAUUGCUCCAAAAUGUGACUCAGUGGAAUAACAAUGGGAAUUGCUGCUAGGAGGUAUAGGUUAGAUUGAAUUGGUUUAUGCCAGUAUGGUUCAAAG